UGCAACGUCUCAAAUGAUGCCCCUGCUAUAUAUAGGCACAAUAUAGAAUAACAAUGUACUAUGUAGUCAUGUAAGUAUACCUAUAGGUAAUUUAUGUUAUAUAGCUGAUAUAAGCGUAGAAAUAGAAUUUAGAAUUUAGAAGGGGAACAGGACUUAGCAAAAACAUUCACGGUUUCUCGCGGUGAUUGUCUGCUACUUAAUAUGUUAAAUCGAUAACAUCUUGAUGUUUGUGUAGUUAGGUAGUAUCGUUGAUAGAUAGGUUAAAUGUUUUUAAUAAUUACAGUGAAUGGUAGCUGGUGGAUGGUACUAGAUACCUACUUAUAAUUAAUCUGCAAUUGAAAAAACGCCCAAGACUUGCCAAAAAUUAUAACCUACAAGGAUUCAAGUCAAUCGUUACUAGGCGUAUUUCGUUGCAUUGUAAAAUGGACAACACUAACGUAUACUUCAAAAACACGAAAAAUACAAUUCUUCCCAGUUUAAAUAAUUUUAUCACAAACGCAAAAGGUUUGUCCAAUGAGUCCUUGACCGUGAAACAUAACAUACUUUUAAGCAUCCAAUUUGUUAAUGGAGUAAUUCAAGAAUUAGAAGCGGACGGCAAAGCAAUUUUUAAACGAAAUGUAAAAAAGGAUUUCCCUAACAUCGCCGAUUAUAAACUAUUUGCUAUAAAUAAGGAACAGCAAAAGUAUGAACAAAUUAAACAUGACGUGCAGGCGAAAAUCAGCAGAAAAAAUCAAAUUGAACAUUAUUUCAACGUUGUAGAUCGACAAUUACAGUUUGUCAUGAAAAAAAAAAUAAUGAAAUCGGAAGCUAUUAUUGUUGCGGCAAUGAAAGAACACGAACAUAAAAUUGUGAAUUUACAAUUAGAUGCGAACAGUUUGCAAUCAAAAAUUGAGACGAACGCAAAACAAAACGAGAUUAACAAAAAUAGCCGUAUGCAAAUCAGGUAAUAAAUAUGUGUAACUGUGUAAGAGGUUUCUCAAUCUAUACGCCUUUAAUUUUAAAAUAUUGUUUAUUUAAGUUUUUAUCGAUUUUGAAUGCCUUUAAUUUUUAUCAUAUUUUGUUGAAUGGAGUUUCAUCAGAUGGGUACAUAUUAGCUGGCACUGACAUACUGUCAUACUGACAUGCAGUGACUAAAGCAACAUAUUAUAAUAAUGAAACCAAUUGUAAAAUAGUAUAAUAUUAUAUGUAGGUACUUAACAAUUUUUAGUCAGGUGUGUAAAUCGAAUAAUGAAAAUGUUUUCUAAUAUGGCAGGAACGAUUUAAAAAUCAAAAAAGCUCUAAUAGUGCGUACGUACGAUUCCGAGAUGAUGGCAAAAUACAAUAACGUGAAUGGAUUUAAUUCAAAAAUAAAAAAAAUUGAAGAUACCAUUUACCAAUUGCAAGUGAGUAGAACAAGUGAAUUUCUCUAAGUAGGUUAUAGUACUUGUAUAAUUACAUCUAUAAUAGGCUAGGUACCUAUAUAAUAUUAUUUUAUAAUAUCUAUACCGUUGAUAAUAUGUUGUACAAUAUAUUAUACUCAAUUGAUAAUAAUAUAUAUACAGGUGUAACAGCAGGAAGACCAGACAAAUGAAAUAAUUUUUGUUCUAAUCAAUAUUUAUUAUUUUUUUUCCAAAUAAUUUUUAUUUUUAUUUUAGAUUCUCAGCGAUAAAUGUAUUGAUUUUUACAUGAUACAUUAUUUUUUUUGUCUGUAAACAUUUUUUAUAGUAGAAAUAAUGUUUCGAUUAUCCACUUUAGCAUCUGUUCUGAUG